GUAAACACGACACGUAAAAUCGCGCUUGCAAUACAAAUGCGAGCCCUUGUGUCUUCCAGAGGCUAUUGUGGACAUAGCUUAGUAUCGGGAAGGCAAGCAUUGCAGUCGUGCGUCGGCGCAAGACCAACAAACGGAACCGGCCAUGAGGCAUCUGAUGCUCGCGCUUCUGGUAGGAGUGGGGCUGGCAGCCCUAGCUCAGUGCGCGCCGCCAGGGAAACCCAACCUGGGAUGGGGAGAGAGGACCUUCGCGAUCGUGGAAGUUAACCAGGCGGCCACGGCGUACAACCAGCUCGUGAAGCGUCAUGAUGCAGCCGACGUGUCGGUCACCUGGAACGUUUGGUCCGGCGACCCUGCCACUAAGUCCCGCGUCCUGCUCGACGGCAAGGAGUUCUGGUCCGGCACCGGCGGCGCCGCAGGCUCUGCGUCCUUCAAGGUCAAGAAGGGUGGCAGAUAUCAGAUGGUAGUCGAGCUCUGCAACAAUGAUGGAUGCAGCUCCAGUGAACCUACAGAGAUUGUCGUAGCCGACACUGAUGGUAGCCAUUUGCCACCACUCGACUACAACAUGGGAGAAAGGAACAAGCCCUUCAAACAGACUUCUGGAAAAGUUGUUGGCGCCUAUUUUGUUGAAUGGGGAGUAUAUCCGAGGAAGUUCCCAGUGGACCGCAUCCCAGUCCCGAACCUGACACAUUUGCUGUAUGGUUUCAUCCCAAUCUGCGGCGGUGACGGUAUCAACGACAGCUUGAAAGAAAUCGAGGGCAGUUUCCAGGCGCUUCAACGUUCUUGUAGCGGCCGCGAACCCUUCAAAGUAUCUAUCCAUGAUCCUUGGGCUGCUCUGCAAAAACCUCAGAAGGGUUUGACCUCAUGGAACGAGCCUUACAAAGGUAACUUUGGACAGCUGAUGUCUCUGAAACAGGCUAAACCUGACUUGAAAAUCCUUCCUUCUAUUGGUGGCUGGACUCUGGCUGAUCCUUUCUACUUCUUCGAUGACAAAGUGAAGAGAGACCGCUUUGUAGCUUCUGUUAAAGAGUUCCUGCUUACUUGGAAAUUCUUCGAUGGUGUUGACAUUGACUGGGAGUUUCCCGGCGGUAAAGGCGCUAACCCGCACCUUGGAGGUCCUAAGGAUGGAGAAACAUACGUCCUAUUGAUGAAGGAGCUUCGUGAAAUGUUGACUGAGCUCACCGCUGAAACUGGUAAGACUUAUGAACUUACUUCUGCAAUCAGUGCCGGUUGGGACAAGAUCCAAGUUGUCGACUACAGUGUCGCGCAGAAAUACAUGGACCACAUCUUCCUCAUGAGCUACGAUUUCAAAGGUGCGUGGUCUAAUGAUACCCUGGGACACCAGACUCCUUUGUAUGCGCCUGCUUGGAGGCCUAAGGAGACUUACACGACGGACUUCGGAACCAAAUUCCUCUUAGCUCAGGGAGUCAACCCUAAGAAGAUCGUCGUUGGUGUAGCGAUGUACGGGCGUGGGUGGACCGGCGUUCACGGAUACGAAGAUGGCAACCCAUUCACCGGCAAUGCUACUGGACCUGUGAAGGGGACCUGGCAAGACGGCGUAGUCGAUUAUAGAGAGAUCGCCAAUGAGAUCGCUGCAGGCAAGUGGGAAUACAAGUACGACAGCGUCGCGCAGGCACCUUACGUAUUCAGACAGUCCACUGGAGACCUCGUUACGUAUGACGACGCAAGAUCUGUUAUUGCGAAGGGCAAGUACGUUAGGAAUAAUAAGCUAGGUGGUUUAUUCGCUUGGGAAAUUGACGCUGAUAACGGCGACCUCUUGAAUGCUAUGAAUAUGGGUCUUGGGAAUAGUGGCGCGUGACGGACUAUCGACUGCUUAAUUGUAAUUGUGAUCGUAAUUAUAAGCCGUAGUAUUAGUGAAAAGGUCUCAAAUUGUAAAAAGAGUAAUUCUAUGAAUGUAAUGGUACCAAUAGUACGUGUUUCAAUAUAGAGUUGUGAAAAGUU